AUGGGGACAGAUCUCCGCGGAUCGUCCUGCGUCGUCCAGAGACGGAGCGUGUGCACGGUGAUCCCGGCGCCGCCAAGCCCGGGGGGGAGCUACAAGACUUCAUUCGUCAGGAAGAAUCCGACCUAUGUGUGGCUUGACAUCACCGCUCUUAGGACCGGGUGGAAGGCGACGAGGUUCCGGAGCGGGAGCGAGGCGCACAGGGUGGUGGACUUGUACGUGGGUGCCGAACACAGGGAUCCCGAGGCCUGGAACCCGUAUUUCGAGCCGGUGAUCGCGGGGCUAAGAUUUGAGUCGCCAAAGAACCCGGAAGUCCGGGUCGACGUCGUGGUCGGGUGGAGGAGAAGGGUGGACGGAGAGUGGAAGCUUUGGUUUCACGCCUGA